UGAGGCUUAUAGAUGGAUCUAUGGAAGAGUACAUGUCUCAACAAGAAAUAAUGAAAGCGCGAACUAACAAAUUACUAAAGGAGGCAAAAUUCUCUGAAGUUGAUGGUGACCUUAAUCGUCUCUAUGAUUUCAUUGUUCAAAAUAGUAGCUUGCAUAUCCUAGAGAACAAAAUGAAUGCAAGAGCGACUCCUUUCUCAAGUUUUCAGGAUGAACUCAAAUCAAAAGGGAAAAGAAUGUGUGUAGAUACACUGUCAAUAAUGAUGAAGAGGUUAAUCAAGCCCGAUCCAAUCAUGAAGGACAAAGACCUCCAAGUGGACUUCAAUUGAGUCAUAGAAACAGAGCUCAGAGAGCUCAAAGUUAUGUAUGAGCAUCUUGAAGAUCAAAUAAAAGCAAAAGAUAUGCUCUUAGGUAGACUACAGGAUCAAGUGAAAAAUCAAGCUAAGGAGAAAAAUGAUUUACAGGAUAUCAUUUCUAAUUUACAAGAAAAACAAGACGAACAUGACAGCAAGGUGAAGACUUUACAGGAAGAAUUUAAGAAGAAGAUAAAGAUUAUGAACGAACUCUCUAAAGAUUUGCUCGAACUCCAGAGAAAGCUUGAGAUGAAGACAAUGCAAAUCCAACGCAGGGAAUUAGACUUGAAAGAGCUCAGAGAGAAAAGUCGCCAAGAGAUUGAAGAGUUUAAGCUAAAAAUUAAGAAGCUUGGCAAUCAGCUUCAUGUCAAAAAUGCAGCACUUACUAAAGUAAAAGAGGAUACGGAGAUUUUGAAAAAGAAAUUAGCUGAUAAAGAACCUUCAGAAUCAAGCUUUGAUUGGGACCUUAUUCGGAAGAAACCAGUGGAAGAGGGGAUACAGACUGACAUGACAUCUGCUCAGAUAGUUGAUAUGCUGAAAGAGAUAGACAGAGGGAUCACAGAAAAAUAUCAGAGUCCUAAAGGUCUGAAAAAUGCAGACAAGAGUGAUGCAUCUUCUAGGGAAGAUUUCUCUAGCACAAAAAUUUUAGAUAGAGGAUUCACAAAAACAUUUAGUGAGAAACCUGAUUGAAUUGAUAAAUCAAUACAAGUAGACAAUAUCAUGCAGCAUUCUUUACAAAGAAAUGAUGUGGAUAUUUCUAGUAGACAACAGCUUAAUCAUUUUUAUGAUACCGAGGAAAGAUCUUCUGAUGCUCAUGCUAAGUCUUCUGAAAGUGAUCGUAGUCCCAAUAGAAUCACUGUUAAUUACAGAGAAAAGAAAAGGAAUGAUGAAGAUCAAAAGUCUGUUUCAUCAGUUUAUACACCUCCAAAGAUUACUUCUAAUGAUAGAAGAAAUAUGGAUAUUAUCAAGAAGUAUGAGCACAAGUUUAGAAAGACAAGUGAUAAAAGAUGAAAUUAUUCUCCUGCUAAAUUCACUUUCAAGACUAUAGAACAUCAUAGUUAUCCUAAAAAGAAAUCUGAAAUCAAAGGAGAGCCUCUUUCUGAUUACAUAUCAUCAAAGACUGCAUUUUUCAGAACUGGAGGGUCUCCAAAGCAAAAGCGAGGGCAAAUGUUCUCGCCAAUAUUGAAAAGAAACUGAUCUAUGAUGCCAACUAAGAAAUUUAUAAUAAAAGCUAUGGUAGAAACUCAUUCUUUGGAUCAAAAACAGUUUGUGGCACUAAGUGGUAAAAUGCUUGAAUUUAAUAAACCUUAGUUCAACUAA